UUACCUGUCUGAGGAAGAUGUCUUGGAUCAAGCCAACCCUUUUGUGCAGCUUGUGAGUGGGGUAGUUUGGCUCCUAAGAGAUGGAGAAGUGUACGUCAGUCAGAGUCAAAUGGCUGAGUGUGGUGAAAUUCAGACCACAGGAACCUUCGACAAGUUCAUCAAUGUGAUAUCGGCCAGGACUGCAGUUGGACACGACAGGCAGGGGCAGCUGGUCUUGGUUCAUGUGGACGGACAGACAGAAUCCAGAGGGGUCAACCUCUGGGAAAUGGCUGAAUUUCUGAAGCAGCAGGGAAUCAUCAAUGCUAUCAACCUGGAUGGUGGAGGGUCUGCAACACUGGUCUUAAAUGGGACCCUCGCAAACUACCCGUCUGAGCACUGCUCCUUUGACAGCAUGUGGCGUUGCCCUCGGAGCAUCUCGACCAUCCUGUGUAUCCACGAGCCUGCCUGCGAGCCUGCAGACUGCAACGGUCAUGGGACCUGCGUGGAAGGAGAGUGCCACUGCACCGGGGCCUUCCGGAGAGGUCCAGCCUGUGACAUCUUGGACUGUGGCCCUUCCAACUGCAGCCUGCAUGGCAUCUGCACCGACUCUGGAUGCCUGUGUGAUGCUGGCUGGACUGGCAGCAACUGCAGUGAAGCUUGUGCUAGCGGUUUCUAUGGGGAUGCUUGCACCCAGAAAUGCCACUGCCAGAACGGUGGCUCCUGUGACCCCGUGCACGGAGCCUGUUCCUGCCCGGCUGGGUACUAUGGCACCAGCUGUGAGCAAGAGUGUCCCAUAGGCUGGUACGGGCCAAACUGCCAGAAACGAUGCGCAUGUGAACACACGUGUCCCUGCAACCGGGAGACAGGCAGCUGCAACAUCACCUAUGACGUGGCAGUACAGGAGCAGUUAAACAAAGACAAGAACACAUAUAACUUUGCUACCCAACCUGAUAAACGGAUCACUAGCACCUUUGCUACACAUCUGCUCACUGGAAUAAUCAGUGGAGAUGAUGGACAAAUGUAUUUUCGGUGUGUCAUGAAGAUGCACAUGAAGAUGUCAUGA